ACGGACGAUCAGUAGAAUAUUCCUCUCCAAACUAUAUAGACGUCUUCAGAAGGAUUAAGUUAAACUGUACCAACAUUUUCGACGUGGAAAGGAUUAUCUCCGUGUAUAAUGGUUAACGUUAGUGCAAUUUGUUUCGUGCUAUUCUGCAUAUCUCUUAAAAUUUGUGUCGCAAUGCCUUAUUACGAAGAAGAUAGAUUCAGUCUCGAUAAAGAUCAGUACAUGCGACAACUAGUAGAACGACUCGCUGAUCAACAGUCACCGAUGGCAUCGAGCGACAUCUACAGCAUACCUUGUCGACCGUGCUUCUAUCCAAACUAUCCCAUACCAAGCGAAAUCAGCAUUUCGCACAACCCCUACGCUAAAAGAAACUCGGAACUGAUCAAUUCGCUUCUAAGCCUGCCAAAAAGCAUGAAUGACGCGGGAAAGUAAAUGAUAGGCUUCAUUAGAACUACUAAUGCCAAACAAAAAACAUAGCAUGUUCAAGCUAUAAUGUAACAACGAAUGCCACUGAAAAUUUUUUGUUCAUUGUUCUGCUAUGUAUAACAAUUUCACGGAAAAAAAUUUAGCAACAAAUUCAUAUCGAUGUUACUAAAGUAAUCAACAUCUCUAAGCAAGAAUAAAAUCUGAACUCUGUUUGAUAAACUA